AUGGGUAGCCAUUCACUGAAAUUGGGGGCACUGAAGAUGCUUGAACAAGAACGAAGAGGGGAAGAAGAAGAAGAAGAACAAGAAGAAGAAGAAGAAGAAAAUGGAGAUGAAACUGCUGCUCGGCGCCGCCGGCGCAAUAUUCUCCGGAGCUCACACGGCGCGCGCGCUCGCACCGGCGCUGAUGUUCUGCAAUAUCUGGCGGCGCCUCCAGCGGGCGCGUGGGGCGGGGGGAAACGUAUCAGAUUAUGCCCGGGUCCGCUGACCGAUCGCUUCAUCCUCUGCUCCAGGGAGGGCAUCAGCAACGGCCCUACAGUGUCCGCGGCGUUCUGGGAAGAAGGCUGCCGGCCGGCGGAGCGUACGUACUUCGGCAACGUUCAUGUUCGCUUCCUGUGCUGUCACAGUUACAAAACUGUGUCGCUGUGUGACGAAUACAGUCUUCCGGUGGACUUCGUCAACAAGCGGAGGCCCCACAGUUUUGGCGCCGGGCUUGCCAACUGGACCACUCCCAGUCCGGCAGGCGAACAGGUGGAGGUAGUCGAGGCGUACUGCGACCCUCGGGACUCUAAGGCGUACCUGGAACCCGGCGAAGAGGCGAGUGGCAAGCUAUAUACCAGCCCUGACAGAGACUACUCGCAGCCAUACACAGAUGGAUCUUCGGAAGCGAAGGCGUCCGAUCUCGACGAUGACGGCGUGUACGAGGACGUGGGCCUGCCUGUAGAGGGAGCAGAGGACGCCGCCGCCACAACAGGUCCGGCCGCCACCGUCACCGCCUGCGUCACAGUCGUCUGCGUCAGCGCUGACAGCGAGCAGCGCACGCCGCUGCACGGUGCUCUCGACGAGAGCGGGGAGUGGUACGAGGAAGCUGAGCUGGUGCCGCAGCAGACGCAGCUGCAGCCGCCGCAGCCUGCCGCGGGGGCCGAGCGUCGCAACAGAUCGCCCUACUACUACGCCGACCUCUUCCGGGAGCGCGACGAACCAGAGCCGCCGCCCCCGCCGCUGCCAGCGCCCUCUCUGCGCCGCCAGCAACAGGGGUACCGCAAGUGCGUGAGCCUCGACGCGGCCGCGCCUUCGUGCCCCGCCAGCCAGCAGCGGCCGAGCGCUGCGGCCGGGGCGCGCGCCUACCGCAAGAGCGCCAGCCUCGACGCCACGCCGCUGGCGGCGCUGCUGCUAGAGGCGCCCCCCUCCACACACCAGCAGCAGCAGCAGCAGCCAGCCCCACAGCCCGGGGGACAUGCGCCCAUGCCGCCCCAGCACCGACGGGUCGCUGCCUACCAGCAGGUGGCGUCGUGUUCCUGCGCCGGCGGAAGCGCGACGGAAGAGCCCGGCCAGCCGCAGCCGCAGCAGGCCACGCCUCCGCUAGGCGACGACGCACGCUUCAGCGACAGCGACGCGGACCUCGACGACGAGUACCUGGACAUGAGCGGGCAGCCGCGCGCGCGCCGGCACAUCUACGAGACGGCGUUCGACUGCCGCGUCGACCGCGCAGCCGCCACCGACGACACCGAGGACAUCGACCGCCUCUCCAACCACCCUGCACUGCACGGUUUCUCAAAGCCCAGCGCCACGCCAGCGGCCGCCGCCCCCGGGGUGGUGUCUCUGGCGCCGCGCGCCGGGCCCUCUGACGACCCGUCCGGCCUGGGCAUCUUCACACCCAAGGACCUCCGCCGGCGCGUGCACCAGCGCCGCGUCACGCUCGUCGACGACACCAGCCUGUCGCGGGACCUCGACUCGCUCGACCUGGACGAGGACGACGAAGAGGAGCCGCGCCCGGCGACUGCGGCCGCGGGUGCGGCUGCGGGGGCGGUGGGGGCGGCGCCGUCCCCGCCGUCUACGGCGCCGCUGCCCGCCAAGUUCAGCAAGGCUCCGGGGGCGGGCGCGGGGGCGGCUUCCGGCGCUCGCAGCGCACCCUGCCUGCCCGCCUCCGCUCCCGAGUCCGGGACCGCCGCUGGCCGCCUGAAGGACGCGCGGCUGCCCGUCAAGUCGCUGCGAGCCAGGGAGUUACCACGGCGCGAAAUGCAUCACCACCACCACCACCAGAACCACCACCCGCAUCACCACCACCACCAUGGCCGGCCGGCGGCGGGCAGCAAGUUCUCCAGCACGGAGAGCAUGGCGACCAGCAGCAGCGGCGGCAGCCUCGAGUCCAUCCGCUCCAGCACCAGCGAGGGCAACCGCUCCACCAGCAGCUCUGACAGCCGGCGCAGCACCUCGCUCAGCUCGCACAGCUCAGACUCCAGCGGCGCCGACAGGUACCACCUGCCUCUGGGGAGCGGCAUGCAGACGACGCCCGGCAGCGGACUGGGCGGCGGCGUGGGCGGCGGGAUGGGUCGCUUCAGCAACAAACUGCACAUCCUGUCGCCCAUUUCCGACAAGUCGUCGCAGGAGCCCGCCUCCUCCACGGAGACGUCGGACAACAACCGCAACAACAACAGCACGCGCGCCUCGCCAGAGGACCAGGGUGGAAUCACCCCCACCAACGAGACCAACACCAACACCAACACCAACGGUUUGAAAAUGCGGCAGCGGGCGCCGCAGAACCGCAACCUGAUCAACCUGAUGGGCCUCCACCAGUCGUCGGGCGAGGCCGAGGUCCAGGGCUCCGACAGCGGCAUCUCCAUAGAGUCGCGCACCGGCCACCAGCACCACCACGCGGCCGGCGACUUCUCGGAGCUGCCGUUCGACAUGCCCAAGUUGCGCCGGCGGCAGCGCCAACUGCAGCUGCAACAGCAGCAGCUCCUGGGCGACCCCAGGGCUCCCGGGACGGCGACUUCCGUGGCGCCGGCCGCGACAGCGGGGGAGGCGGGCGGUGACGUCAUAGGCGGCGGGGGCGGCGGCGCGGCACGCAGCAGCGACGCCUCCUCCGUGGACCUCGCUGACCUGCCCUUCGAUAUGCCCAAGCUGCGGCGGCGCAUGCGCAACUCGCUCGGCGCCGGGCUGGCGCUCUCGUCGGCCGACGCGGGCAGCACCGAGUCCAGCGCGUCUUCGAGCCAGGGCGGCCGAAGGGACAGCCAAGGUGUGUGCGCGCGGCCCGGCCUCAGCCUGAACUUGGGCGGCGGCGACGCGUCGUCGUCCGCAUCGCCUCUUCGACGGCCAGCGCUGUCGCUCGACCUGCCAGCGGGAGUCGCGGCGCAGCCGGGCUCCAUCGACGUCUCUUUGCCGCUCGAGAGGCAGGGGUGGUACCAUGGUGCCUUGUCCAGAGUGGAGGCUGAGAAUGUCCUCAGAGUCCUCCGUGAGGGCUCAUACUUGGUGCGCAACAGCGAGUCAGCCAGACACGACUAUUCACUGUCACUGAAGGGUGCCCGUGGAUUUAUGCACAUGCGUAUCCAGCAAAACAAAGAAUCAGGCAAAUUCAUCCUCGGCCAGUUCAGCAAACCAUUUGACAAUAUUCCUGAGAUGAUUCAGCACUACACAGUCAACCAAUUACCAAUCAGAGGAGCAGAGCAUAUGUGCUUACUGCAUCCAGUGAUAGAACAAUUGCUCUAGCUACUCUCCAGUCCGCCGUGGAUCAUACUGCGGCAGGACUUGUGACUUCAUCGGAUGCUGCUAUUGCUGUGUAUGAAGAAAGUGGGUAUCAUUCAGAACACUGACUGUCUUACCUACUAACUCAUAAACUGCAGGUGUAAAUCAGUUACCUUGACCUGAGGGAAAAGUCAUCUUUCAACUGCUGCUGUAUGGUCAUGUUGAAUUAAUUCUGUAGCCAUUAUUUCAAAAAGGCUGACAGAAAUUCUGGAAGAAAAUGGUCAGAUUUUUUUUUUCUUUUUACCCAGAUGAGAUACCUUCAAGCAACAGACAAAAGAGAAAAGUCUGGAUAUGUCAUUACAUGAACAGUGCAGUGAUUAUAAUUUUGACACUAAUAAUGUUUUAUAACUUGUAUAGCUUUUUAGUAGAUUUAAACCCAUCGUGCAAUGCCUGUAAAAUAGGAGUCCAUGUAGAUAGUUGUCAUGUGGAACAUUCCAAGCCAAAGAGUAGCUGUGAAGAAUUUUAUUAUACAUACAGAUAUCUAUCGACACAGAACAUAAAACAGUAGUUGCUGAACUAUAUUUCUUAGCUAGAAUAGGAUGUUUAUAUUUGUUGUUGCUGUGAUCUCAUUUUCUGUAUGUAUGAGGAGAAACAGUGUUUAUUUUGAAGAUGGGAAGAUUAUAUUUCAAUUGUAGUACUAUUAAGGCAGUUACGAGAGCCAUGUA